GCUCCGCGCGCCGCCUUCCCCCGGAAGCCUGCGCUCAGCCCUGAAUCGCCCGAGCUGGCCCCGAGUCGCAGGGCGAAGGUGGAGCCGCUGACGUGGGCGCGCCUCGGUGGCUGGGGGCGGGUUUGGCCCGGCUGAGGAGAGCGGGCGGUUCCUCCCCGGAGCCCCCUCGCCCCCAAAAACUUUACUUGAAGUGAGAGAGGGUGGACGCCAGUUCACCAGUGCGUAAGGAUCCCGACAGUUCCUAAGGCCUGUUUCCUUGUCGUGUUGGGAAUUGACUCCACUGAGUGUAGGGCGUCUCAGAACAAUGCUAUGAUAAACGUUCUUCUACCUGGAUCUUAAUGCAAAGGUGUUGGCGUUUUCAAGACACCAAGAAACAAGAUAUAUGCUUUGGAGUCCUAGGAGAAUUGUGGAUUCAAAAGACCUGUAAUGGCCAAACACUACAGUGAAGUCCCAAGUCUGCAGCAGGAUGACUCGGUUAUAGAGGGAGUGAGCGACCAAGUGCUUGUGGCCGUGGUGGUCAGCUUUGCUUUGGUCGCUACGCUCCUCUAUGCUCUUUUCAGAAAUGUACAGCAGAACAUUCAUCCAGAAAACCAAGAACUAGUCAGGGUGCUUCGAGAGCAACUUCAAACAGAGCAGGAUGUCCCUGUGCCUCCUCGACAGCAGUUCUACACUGAAAUGUACUGUCCAAUCUGCUUACAUCAGGCCUCCCUUCCUGUUGAAACCAACUGUGGACAUCUUUUUUGUGGUUCCUGUAUAAUUGCAUACUGGCGAUAUGGGUCCUGGCUUGGUGCGAUCAGUUGUCCAAUCUGUAGACAAACGGUAGUGUUAUUUCAUUUCAUAAAUAUUAGCAGCUUCCGGACCCAAUCUGCCGCUCUUUACCAGGCUACAGCAGAAAAAGACGAACAAAUCAACCACACCGACUACUACACCACCAGCUUUUUCAGCGUGGCUCCCAAACACCCUUUCUUCCGGCCAGAGCGCAGCGGGCCCACCCACUUCCGCACUGGUGACCACGCCCCAGAGCCUCGCCUGGCCUCAGCCAAUGGUCGGCUUCCCUGGGAACGUUACCUUCGGCUAAUCAGCGACAACGAGCGAACUCCUCGCGAGAGGUGA